CUAUUUGCAGGAAGUGAUGGAGGGCGGCAGAGCGAGACUGGGCCAGUUCGACGAGCGCGCGAGUGCAGUCUUCUCGAUCGACAUUUUCGACAACACUAAGGAAUAUCUGAGCGUGGAGUUGGAGGGUCUUCCAAUGUACCACAACUAUCUGUUCCACUUGAAUCCCGUCGGUCGAGAUGGGGCACUCGGACCGACGGUCGGCAUCUACUACAACGCUACCGAUAAGCCGCCGGAAACAACCCAGAAGCCGUCGUGCACGUGCCCCUCCCUCCCUCUUCCCGAUUUCGACAACUACCAGUGGCCCGAGGGGGCGUGCGGGCAGAUGAUAAAUCACAUCUGUCCCUUCGAGGGAGAGGGUACCGCGUGGUGGUACUGCACGCUGAGCAGGGCCUGGUCCCCCCUCUAUCCCAACCUAACGGAAUGUCGAAAUCAGGGACUGGACCCAGUGGGAUACCUGAAUCGUCUUCGGAAUUACACCCUGACAGCCAGCGAGGCAAUGACGAACCUGUCUUUGGAGGCGCAAGAGCUGACCCUCCUCCCUGGCGACAUCCUCGGCCUCUCCUCCUUCCUCCAAGGUGUGUGGCGUUCCAUACAGAAGUGCAUGGAGCUGCAUAGGGCUGCAGAGAACUCAGCUCUAAUUAGAAGCGCCUAUAAGAACAUCGUCAAGGAAAGCCUCAAACAUGUGAAGAGUGGGAGCGACUUCAAACACCUAGAAAAGAAACUGGAAGAAGUCAUCCAAAAGAAGCACCUCCUGCAAUCCUUCAUCAGACAUGCUGGAGAGAGUGAGGAGGAGGUGAUGGCGACACAUCGUGAUCAUGUCACAGAUGAAGCCUUCCGGCCGUUCAUGACCCUGAAGGAUCCCGAGAAAUGUGGUGAGCUUUUUCCCAGGACACAUACACUGGCAGUCAUUGGCAGCAAGCGUCGUAUAUCCCUGAGUAAUUCUGUCGUGACCAUGAAGGAGUUCUUGCAAGCCAUUGCUAGAAAUUCUCAGGGUUGGAUCUUAACCAGCGUCCGCUGGAUUCGAGUAGAGCACCUGCCUGCCCAGUUGAAAUUAUUGUCGCUGGUAGAUUUGGAGUUUGGGUUGGAUCCAAGGAGAAGCAGCCAGGACAUUGAUCAGGAGCAGGACUCCGUGCUCCUCACAGUGAGAAGGCUCCUAAAGAGGGAUUCUACUUGUAUAAUUCUUCAGGAGAUGGGCGGGACUCAGGAGACUCUUGAAACCAGGAACGUGACCUUUUUGAGAAAUCAGGAGAGGACGCAUAUCCAUGGCUCCUGGUUUUGGAUGGAUGCACCUAAUCCUGCUGUCAUCAUCAUUUCAUUAGAAAAGCUUCUUGCUGACUUUGGUUCCAUGGAGGCAGAAUUGGAACAUGCAGAAUCUCUUUCCUGGAAGACGUGAAAGGUAGUGGACAGCUUGUAUCACUUCUCAGCUGACAGAAUAAAGUACUUCUGUUGCCUUUGAACCUAUUUCCAGCGAAUACUAUGUGCAUUUGCGAGUGUGAC